AUGCGCAUACAAGCCAGGGAUCCAAAUCCGAUGUACACACAUGAAAGUGUAAACCCUUAUCCAAUACACGCUGAAAACAAAGUUAACCCCAAUCCAAUGUACCUGCAAAGCACCACGGAGGAUUCUAACGCCAGCCCUGGAUUCGCUUUCAAGCCAACUGAUACACAUCAGCAAGAUGACGCAAACAUGUGCCAGGACAACCUGGAAUGCAACGCAGCCUUAGCAGAUACUCAACCAAAACUACCCUCGCAGGAUCUACCAUCAGCAGCUUCAAACGACAUCAAUGAUGUCUCGAGCAACCCAUUGAGCAAUAUCAAUGGUGUCCUGAAUGCCCUGAAUCCAAAUCCGAUAUACGUACCAAACGUCCAGAAUAAUGCAGCUUGCGAGUUCUCGUUUAGUAAUAGAGCAGACGUCAUUAUAUACUUUGGUACAACAAAUGUUACUAGGACUACUACUACUACCACUACUACUGUCCAUAUUUUUACCUCUAUACCAACUGGAGGUGGCAGUUCUUUACCCACGUUCUCUGCAGUCUCCAACACCUCGCAACGCGAAGAAAGUGGUGACAGGAAGUUGGAGAACAUUAUUACCAUUGGAGGAGAAGGAAAAGAACCUAGCAUGCAAUAUGCGUUCGGAGUCGCCGUGUCCGCUGACAAUGAUAUAUUUGUGACUCAUGCCGAAGGAGUCCACGUCUUCAGCAUAAAUGGAAACUAUCUUCGCCGCUUCCUAACGGUACUGCCGGGUAAAAAUGGCUUUAUCAUGCCUUAUGAUGUUGCUAUUGGUAUAGAGCCCGGCCACCUGUGGGUAGUGGGGGCUAUAUUGGACUUGGAGUCCAGUGCGAAUGAGGGACAUGUGCAGGUUGUAACGUACAGUAAGAGUGGUCAGGCCAUGAAGAAGUUCGACGUAGGCGUCACGAAACCUUUUCCCCUGCCCUCCAUUGCAAUAGACGUGCGCAACAAUAAAAUCAUCGUCGGACAGGGAAAUACAGUAAAGAUGUUUGAUCCAGACGGCUCUCUGUAUCGGAGUUUUAAAGCGUCAUCAGGUAGUGAGGGAGGUAUGAUCGGAGGAGUCACAUCGGAUGGCGAGGGAAAUAUACUGCUUACACUUAUGCAUGAAGCUGUUGAGAUGUACAGUCACUCCGGAGUCAAGAUAUUUGAAUUUGCCGGAAGGAGUAAGCGCCAGUACGGUAUUUGCCUGGAUAAGUUUGGUAACAUCAUCGUGGCAGACAAUGAAAACCACCGGGUAGACAUGUUCACAAGCAGCGGGAAGUUUGUCCGUACCAUCGCGGACAUUGAAGACCCGUCUGGGAUCGCUAUGGGACCAGAUGGAGAGCUGGUGGUGACUAGUCCUGAGUUGGCAUCCACCGUAACUAUCGUUCCACGCCACAUGGUUCUUCCUUAA